UAACACAAUCAGAAAUCUACUUAAAAAAAACCCCAACAAAAUAAAAGUUGACGCCAAUUGCCAAUAGUCACUGGUUUGAGCCAAGGCGCAAAAGCGGAGAGAGAGAGAGUCAGAGAGAUUGCAUCCAAUUCACCUUUGCUUGUUCUUCGAUCAUCUGUAGGAGUAUCAUAUGCUGGAAGACUAAGAAAAAUCGUGAAUUUUGAAGAUUGUAAUAAGAAAUGAUGACUUCUUCUGGGUCAGGGGCAUAUAGGGUUGGAGGGUCUUUAUCUUCAUCCAAUCUGUCACCCUUAGCUCCGCCGUUUAAGGUUGAUAAAUCCCUUCCGAAACCAAAUUCAACAAACCCGGCGGUGAAUUUUUCGGAAUUGCCAAUGUAUGGUUCUUGCUUUGACCCUACCCCUGGCCAGUUCUGGAACUCGUCUUCGCCGUCUACCUCUGGACCAAACUGUGUAGCAACUGAGUCUGUGGUUAAUACUACCAAUUGCUCAUCUUCAGCUCACACGUAUGGGUACCGAGAUACCCAAUCAAGCAGUUCACCUGCCAAUGUCUACUAUGCUAACUCUAAUGCUGUGCCUGCGUAUGACCCGUUCUCGUAUGAAUUUCCAAACAGGAUGUCCACAAAGACUGAUGAGGCUGCAAAACCUUAUUAUCCUCCAUAUGUUCCCCCUCCUCCCCAGAAAGAUGAAUACCUGGGUUUGGGGGUUGGUAGUGGGACAAGUUAUGACUUGCUAUCGUACUCUGGUUCUGCUCAUUUAAGCGGACGUGGAUCUGCUCAAGUUGAUCACCCACAGACUAUGUCUGGUGAUGGGAGAUAUAAAUCAAAGUGGGGUUUUUCCUGGAGUGGAUUGAAUGAGAAUGAACAUGGAAAAUGGACUGAUUAUACUCCGGGAUUUGUCUCGAAGGACUUAAGUAGCUCAUCCAGCAACAGGAGUCCUCUAUUUGUUGAUGCGAGUAAUAAGAGUCAACCGUUUGUUGACAUCAACUUUCAUCCUUUUGCUGAUGGAAGUAACAACACUCAUCUCUUUGGUGACAUGAGCAACAAGAGACAUCCUAAACAAGGGGCUUGUGUAACUCAAGACUUAAGUUUACACGGGCAAGUCUCUACUGUGAAAGAUAAGUGCUUUGAUAUAUUUGGAGGAGGAUAUAGCCUGGGGAGCCUUGGCAUGGGUCAACAGGAUUGUAAGUCAUCAUCCGAAUGCUCAAGAAUGCAAACCUCUUCUUUUGCAUCUGUCUCUAAAGAAAGCCCUCAUCCUCAUGAACCAGUCCUGGAAUCAAUUCCAAGUUUUUGUGGCUCUCAAAAGGUAAAUAGUUCUUCGCCUGAGGACCACUUCAACCAAACAGGUUUUUAUUUGUUUGGUCAUGCAUCAACCACAAGUACUUUCCCCAUGACUAUGACCAAGUUACCAUGUGGUGGGAGCAGCUCUUCAGUGGAAAGUACACCUUCAACUGCAAAACUGAAUUCCUUGGGAAUUGAUGCAGCAACCCAAAGUAAUACUGCUGUUGGGUACAGCUCUUCUUAUCAAAUGGAGCCUCAGAUGCCACUUGGUUCGAAACGCCAGUCGGGCAUUAGAAUCAGAAGACCUGUACCCUCCUCAACAGCAGCAUCCCCUUGCCAAAUAGGAGAAACUGCAGAUAGUAGGCUUGAUGACAAGGGUGUUUCUGAGAAAAGGAAAUUUUCAGCUGAACUUCCUCAUCAAUUAAGUUUAGAGGCCUUGAACAUGGAAGCUAGUGAUGCUGAAGCUGUAUAUUCUGCUGAGAAGUAUUCUGGGGGUUCCGAUGGCCAUAACCCAGCUGAGGAUUCACCAUGUUGGAAAGGAGCUUCAUCUAACUAUUUUUCACCGUUUGGGCGCUCUGAAAGUGUGCCUUCUGAUCUACUUGUGAAGAAAAUAGAUAGAUGCAGGAGUUUGGGUUCUCAGGAUCUCCAGAACAAGAGCUUUUUUUCGAACUCUUCUGCUUCUAAAGAUUUUUACUCUGGAAAAGUAAAUGAGGUAACUUCCUUAGGGAGGACUCCAGUUCCUGAUUACACAUCAAAUCAAAAUGAUGAUUGUGGUUCUGUGAACCCAAAAUCCUGUUGUUUUGAUCUUAAUAUUGGAGAUGGCCUUCAAUUCACUGAUGACUGCCUUGCAUCUAAGAUGAGUACGAUGAACAAAUCAAAUGCAGACUCAGACCCAAAACAUUCUCUAACUGCACAACUGGAUCUUAGCGGAAAACUGCCGUCUUCAAGAAAUAUUUCUGCAGCACCACCUUCUGAAAAGAUUGGAAAGAACACUCCUGCUGCUUCAGAGAGCUUUUUUGGUUUACCAUCAAAUAUUGUCAACAAUUGCUCAAAUUCACUUCCUGUAAAUGAAGCCAGUGUAAAAUCAGCCAGUGAAGAUUCAGAUUCAAGGAUUGAUGUUGGCAUGCUGCUAAGAACAAUGAUGAAUCUGUCUGAAAUAUUGCGGUGCUACUGCUUCAGUUAUCAAGUUGAAGAGAUACAAUCUGUAGCCAUCAAGCAGAUUAUUAACAACCUUAAUGCUUCCAUGUCAAUGAUGGUUGGACAAACGAUUCCUACCAAUGUGCUUUCCUCACCAGACUCGUUUCUCCAGAAAGAUUUCCCAGCAGUUCAGAUGGUGAAUAAUGCUGAAGCUUUUUCUGCUUCAUUGAAGCUUGGUAGGACAACUGAGGAAAUUUUGGAUUAUGUUUCAAUGAAGGAUGAUAGAAAUCCAUUUACAAACACUAAUAUGACGGAGGCUGUAAAAAAGCUUCUUACUGAGAAUCUUCAGGAGGAGGAAAUAGAUCAGCAGAAACUUUUAUAUAGAAAUCUAUGGCUUGAAGCGGAAGCUUCACUGUGUGUCAUGACUGCUAAAGCCCGUUUUCUUCGUAUGAAGACUGAGAUGAAAAAGAAGACACAUGAUGGAGUAAAAGAUGAAGUUAACCCUACUACAAGCUCUGAUGUUUCUGCGGAUUUACAUCGAGCGGUUGAACUAGCAACUGAGGAUGAGGAUAAAGAUUCCCCGCUACAUGGUGAAUGCCCAAAGACUACUACUACUACAACCAGCCAGCAUAAUCAUAUCGAGGUAUUCCAUAUUCCGAAGCCUCAGGUGGCAAGCUCACAUUUCUCUGAACAUGAAAGGUCAGGGUCAACCAAACCAGGUGCUUCUGGAAAUGACACUGAUGAUUCACUCGUUACCAGCCAUGUCAAUGACUUUGAGACUUGUGUUAUGGCAAGAUAUCAAAUCCUUAGGAACCGUGUUGGUUGCUCAGACUCUAUUGAACCCAAAUGUCCUUCGAGUUUGUAUGAUUCUGGCAAUGGUUUUCAUGCUGCAGACACAACGACCAAAGAAAACGAUAUUGAUACCUCUGUUUUUGGUGGAUAUCAAAUUCUGAAGUGUCGGGAUGAGAACUCUGAUUACCUGAACUACGAUGGUAAACUAUCACCAGGUGAUGAAAACUAUCUGCCUGGACACAAUAGUUCCUUAUGCCCAGAUAAAGCUUUACAGGAUUCCCAAAUGUCAAACUCAUUAGGUGUUGUUAAUGAUGAACUCAAGGAUUCUAUCAUGGCUAGGUUCCGGAUCAUACAAAGUCGUAUGGAUGGGUCAAACUUAAUGUUGGUCAAUGAUUCAACUCCAAGUACAGCAGUGGCCGAGGAUGGAACCGAACAAAUGGGCGGGUCCCAACCCGAUUUCAACAUCAAGAAAAUCUCAUUCGGCCCAUAUCCAGAAUUAACCGAGGAUGAAGAUGUGAAUAUCCUCGACAUAGGUGUGCUUGAACAAGGAACUGGUCCAAUUGUCAAGAGCAGUGUGAUUUUCGAGGGCUGGUAUGAUAACAAUGACUGCUCUUCAUCAGCUGACUGGGAGCACAUUUCUAGCCGUGAUGUCUGAGAACAGAACUGAUGCCUUGUACCGAGAUCUCACACUCGGUCCUCCCUCGCACUCGGUCCUCCCUCGCGCAUUUUAAAAGCCAUUUGUACAUAGUAAUUACUAAUCAGUAUUGCCUCUUGAGACCUUUAUUUUGUUUCAGGUUUGUAAUAAGGUAUUACACGUUUGGAUGAUUAAAUUCUCUAUCGCGUGGAUUAUGCUUGUUUGGAUUUGAUGUAUAAUUUAAAUAUCUUGUUCAUGGGGCAUAUAUGCUACUUUUUAGUAAUGAGAUGGUUCGGAGAAAACCUAAA